GAAUCCAAUUCUUUUCUCGCAGUCCCAGUCCCAGUCCCAGUCCCCGAGAUUCUUGAACCAGCUCCAUAGUCCAGCCUCCACAUCUACAGCGGAUCGACAAUCACUGCUAGCACUGGAGAUGGAUGAUAGCUGUGCCGUCUGCGCCGAACAGCUCGAAUGGGUGGCCUAUGGACCUUGUAGCCACCGAGAGGUCUGUUCGGCUUGCGUCGCUCGCCUACGGUUCAUCUGCGACGAUCGUCGUUGCUGUCUUUGCAAGACGGAGUCCAAAAUUGUCUUCGUCACCAAGGCUUUAGGAGACUAUACAAGGAUAAUAAACGAUUUUUCAGUCUUCUCAUCUGAUUCAACAGAGGGUCAAGUCAGAUCAUUCUGGUACCAUGAGGACACACAAGCCUACUUUGACGAUAUAGACCACUACAAGAUGAUCAAAGCAAUGUGUAGGCUUUCAUGCAGUGUAUGUGACAAGAUGGAGGAUCGAGGGAAUAAUGGCUCGAAGAGAAGGGGGAAGUUCAAGAGCAUUGAGCAAUUGAAGGGCCAUUUAUACCACCAGCAUAGAUUAUUCAUGUGCAGUUUGUGUUUGGAAGGAAGGAAGAUAUUUAGUUGUGAACAAAAACUAUAUACAAGAGCACAGUUAAAUCGACAUAUAAACACAGGCAACUCAAAGGUUGAUGGUAGUGAGAGUGAAAGAGGUGGCUUCAUGGGGCAUCCAAGGUGUGGAUUCUGUAGAUCUCCAUUUUAUGGAGAUAAUGAGCUCUACUCACAUAUGUCUACUGAACAUUACACCUGUCACAUAUGCCAACGGCAGUAUCCGGGACAAUAUGAAUACUACAAAGAUUAUGAUGAUUUGGAGAUUCAUUUCCGCCGAGAGCAUUUCCUAUGUGAAGAUGGAGCCUGCCUUGCUAAAAAAUUUGUUGUUUUCCCAUCUGAAUCUGAAUUGAAGAGGCACGGAGCUAUUGAACAUGGGGGGCACAUGUCUCGUUCUCAACGGAAUGCUGCGCUUAGGAUACCAACUAGCUUUCGACAUCGCCGAAAUAGUGAACAAGAUUAUCGUCGUGGAAGGGGACAAGGACGAGGAUGUGGACAGGGAUUUCAUCCUGAUUCUUCAGAUGAUCAACUCUCACGGGCUAUUCAAAGCAAUUUUGAAAUUGUAAAUGCAGAUAGCUCAGUCCAUGACCUAUCUUCUGGUGGACAAGAUAUCUGUGAUCACAGAGAGACAAGUGAAAUGGAUACUGUCACUGAACCCUUUGAAUCAUUAGCUUCCACAUUGUCUGAGCCAUCUUCAAGAUACUUGCAGGCAUUAAGCCAAGGCUCUAGGAAAACAGCUCUGGAAGAAUCCUCCUUUCCUCCACUUUCCAUGGCACCAGGAAGCAGUCAGCAGAAACUCAAACAUGAUUCUGAAGGAUUGGCUAAUACUGCCACAAUGGCUGCACGCCUUUGUCGCCGCAGUAAUGGAACUGUGACUGUUCUCAAUUCACCUCAGCCUAGGUCAGCAAUAAGUCGUGGAUCUGCACCAUCAUCAUCUAGCAGUUCUGCCCAGUCUGGAUCUAUAACAAAUUUUGGUCAUGCAUCAUCAUCAUCAAGUCCUUCAAGUUCUACCCAGAGUAAGCAGGUGAUAGCUAAUGAGACAGUAGCGCUCAGUUAUGCAAGUUUCACUCAGGCUAGGCCUGCAACAGCUCAUGGACUUUUAUCAAGUAGUUCUCCUAGUUCUUCAUGGAAAUCAAGUAGCAUUUCUAGGGUCAACCAUUCUGCUUCAGCUCCUAAUCUUGUAGAGACGGCAUCUUUGGACUCCACUAUUUCUGAUUUUCCUCCUGUUUCUGCAACACAAAAUUCAAAGUUUACCUCCAAUGACCAGUCUAUGCUUAAUGCAGAAGAUGUUCACAAUGCCAACAAGACUUUGGUUGAAAGGAUCCGUGCUGCUUUAGAAUUCAAUGAUAGUAAAUAUGCUGCUUUCAAAGAGAUAUCUGCAGAGUAUCGUCAAGGUGUAAUUAACACAGCUGAAUAUCUCUGUUACACCCAUCAGUUUGGCUUGUCACAUCUUGUUCCUGAGCUAGGUAAGCUCUGUCCUGAUGCCCGGAAGCAGAGAGAGUUAAUUGAGACUUACAAUGUCAAUUCAUUGGGCAUUAUACGAGAAAAUGGUUGGGGCAAAAGCAAAUCAAGCAAUAUUCGUUUAAAAGAUGGUAACGGAACCAAUAAGCAUAAGGGGAAGUCCAUAGAUGAUGCUGACAGUAGCUCAAAGGAUAACUUGGCAGAUAGCAUUAUAAGCACUGUAAGGAAGCUUCAGUUAAAUAAUAAGCCUUCAGAAGAGUUAGAGGUAUUAUCGGAGGAUGGAUACCGUGCUUCCAGGGGAAGAUCAGUGGCGUCAGUGCUUGAUAUUCAGGCAGGAUAUAGUUCUACCAAUUUGCAACUUGCUGAGCCAAUAAACCAGAAUGAUUCCAAGUCAGCUACUGGUGGUUUCAACCAGAACUUGAGUGAUAGUGGAGGCAGCAAGCAACGGAAGAAAACUUCAAAUUUUCAUAGGGUCGUCCGUCUUGGUGAUGGCUCUGUAGCAUCACUUUUGGACCUUAAAAAUUCUGAUAGUAAACCUGAACAAGAGGAAGAAACAACAGAAAAUAGCAAGAGCUUGCCAGUUCGUGGUGUAUGGAGGAACGGUGGAGGUCAGAAACUGGUGGCAAUGACUCAGAGAGACCGAGGAAGGUGACAAGUGGGUUUUUUCUUCUUUUGAUUGGUGGCUGGGAUUGAUGUUCAUAUAUACAUUUUUUUGUUUUACUUUUUUUCCUCGCAACUCAUGUUUAGUUUUGAGUGCGGUUUUCAUGCAAUCCAGUUUACGAGGUUCGCAGCAAGCUACAACUUGAAGGGUAUAGAACUAUAGAUCACAUGAAAUAAAGAGGAGACAAAAUGUAAAUUUAGAGGGGGGGGGGGUUUAGGAUUUCCCUUCAGGAGUCCAAUACUUUUUUUUUAUGUUUUGGUAUUUGUAUUUCGAUAUGAAGGGGGCAAUGUUAUAUACUGUUAAUACUUGAGAAGAGUUGAUGUUUAAUUUGAAA